CGCCAGCCAGGCAAGACAUUCGGAUCUUUGUCUGGCACACGCCUUCUAUAAAUAAUUUACCGAUCCCACGGAUUGCGCUUGCGAAUGUAUUCGCGCUCUUUUUUUUUUUGAUUUUUUAGUUUCUUACUUUUGCACCAAUCGAAACAAAAUCGAACUCGAGUUCUCCCUCGUCCUUAUUAUUCCAGGAUCGAAUAGUGAAGGUUGCCCUUGACAUCCUUUCCAGGAGAGAAGCAAUGGCACACUUGACCCAGUCAAUAAAGCUCGAACGAGAUAAAGGAUAAAAGAAAAGUGAAAAGGAAAGUGGAAAAGGUCAAGAACACAGAUGCACUCUCAAGUUCCUUGGCCUAUCGUAUCUGUUGGAGUGCGAGGUUGAGACACACUCAAACGGGAUUGAUCACGAUUGUGGCUUGUUGGCGUGGCGUUUAUAUCAACUCUGCUUGAGGAUAAUAAGAUAAUCCGUGCGUGCAAGCAAACACACUCUCUCUCUCUCUCUCUGUCUCUCUCACCCGCUCUCGAAUUCAUAUCGCGACAUCAGGAGUAUCGCAGUUGCAAGCAACGUGAAUAUCGCUUUCUCCCGUCCAAAAUACAAAAUAUGAGCUCUAAAUUUAGCUUUAAGAAUUUUCGUGGUACAGGCGGUUACAGCCUCCCUGUCGCCUUGGUACUUUUCAACACUGAUGCACGCAAUUUUCACCAAUGGAAUCCCGAAUUUGCGUAAAACGAGAACUCUGAAAUAAACCGAGUAGACGAAGAGUUUGUAUUGUAUAGAUGUAUAUAUGUGUAUAUAACGGCAAAUAAAAAAGGCACAACAAGUUUUUGUGACCGUGUCGCAUUACACGAAUACUGUGUAUUCACCACUGCUCUCGUCUUCGUGCUGACUGCCAUGUAAUUAAGUAUUAAGUACUUUCCGCUGAUAAAUAAACGCAAAAGGGUGAGUGCACCGUAUAGAAGAGUGAUUGCGUCGACAAAACUUAUCGUGUUUGCGUCUUUUGAAAAUUCUGAACGUCAAAAAAUAAAAUAAAAUAAAAAAGGAAAAAGAGGAGAGAUAAGAGAAAAAAUGCUGAUCACUAAAUACACCACUAUCUUGCUGCAGUCGACCAAUCAACACAUUAUCCGGAAUGACGUCUUCUUGGAACCGUAUUUACAGCAACACGGAACUGUUCAGGUCGUUGGGUCUCCAAGUACACCGCCACCAAAUCCACUACAACAUCAGCUUACGCAGCUACAUCAUGUACAGAGCGAAGAAUCUUUAUCGUCAGAAGGUUCUGCAACCUCGCAUGUAUCUUCGGCUUCGUCGGAAGAUUCGGGAAGCGAAGUGGCCUGCAACAUUACUCUUAUUGAAAGACUCAUUCGAUCUCAUCCCAUCUGGUUUCUCCCAGGAAUUCAAAGAGCCGGUGCCUUCCACUUGUUGCAGGGAAAGGAAGAAGGGAAUUUCGUCGUUCGACAAUCCAGUCAAAGCGACACAAUGGCACUUUCCGUCAGACUUCCACCUGGAAAGGGACCUUAUAUCGAGCAUUACCUCAUUCAAUCUAACAAAGGAAAACUCAGUUUAGAAACAAGUGAAAACAGAUUCGACAAUAUCCCUUCUCUCAUCGCUCACUACUCUCAAUGUUGCAGUGACGAAUUACCAGUUCAAUUGACACUUCCAAGAGCAAUGAGGGAGGCAAAAAAUCGACAACAACUCUCGUCACUUGCUUUAUUAGGACAGGAAUUUUGGAGGUAUCCAAUGGCAAAUCCAAAACCUCCAGAAAGUGGAAGCAGUAAUACUUCGAGUUUGAGCAGUUUUCAUUGCGGCAACAAUAACAACAUUAUCUCAACUCCCACGUCUGAAAGUAUUAUACUCAAUUUAGCUCCUAUUUCUUCUCACGAUACAGGAGGCUCAUCACCAACGAGUACAGUGACAACGUCAACAUUCGCCUCAUCACCGCCACGUCAACCGAGGCCAACACCGCCAAACACUUUAAACCUAACGACCUUUAAUGAACCAUUCGAUACCAAAAAAGAUAGGCUCGAGAAACUUUCCCCAAGUGAAAAGCUAUCUCAAAAGCUUAUUUCGCCCAAUUUGGUUCAAAGUGUACGCUGCCCCUCGCCUGUGAUUCAUAACGUAGAGAAUAAUGUUCUUAGUCCCAUGGAAUCGAGUACACUUAAUGGAAAAACAAAAAGCGUCGAAAUACAAACGUGUAAAACAAUAAAUUCCGAAUUCACGAGAAUCAAUAAAUUCUCCAUUAAUUCAGCAUCGUCAAAUUUCCAUCAGAAUUUAGCGAAUUUCAAUAAUCUCUCGAGUACAACAAAUUCGCCCAUCCUACCGGAAAUGAAUAAAAAUUUAAUGGACAACAAUCAGAGUUCGACACAGAUUAUUAAAUCGCCACCACCACCACCGCCAAGAUGGGCGAAGCCAGGGAUCAGUCAAAGUCAAGGUAAUUUCACGGUCACGACAACAGUGACCUUCAACGUCAAUCAGAAUAAUGAUGUCUCCUCAUCGCAGCAAAACACACCAUCGGAUCCAAAUUCAUCUCUACUGUCACCACAAAGUGGAACAUCGACAAAAUCCCUAUCAUCGAAUCUCUCAUCAAAAUCUGCAUUAUCACCAACAACACCAGUUCUAUCACCCGCAUCAAAACUAGUCUCAUCGAAAGCGCCAAGCAUCCUGUCGCCAACAACACCCUCGGGUACAAAUAAAUCGAAACGACGAAGGGAUCGUGACGCGAGAAAAAAUUCUCAACACUAUCAGGAAUCGGAUAUUCUCGAAUCAUAUUACAGAAGUUCACCGGGCGACAAAAUAUCCGACUAUGAGGACAUUUGGAAUACGACAGAUCAAUCGAAUCAUUCCACAUGGUGUCCCAAUGAAAGACUAAUUGUACCACAACCACAACAAUCACUAGUUUCCUCCACGAGAAUCGUUGACUCUCAAAUUGAUCGUCUCAAGAAUUCGAAUGAUCGCUUAGUAACAACAAACGAGAGAGUCAUUACACCUGGGGAGAAAUGUUGUAAUGAAAGACUAGCACCGGUUAAUAAUGAUCAGCUUCUACCACGAAAUGAAAGGCUUGUGAUUCGUAAUGAUAAAUCCGUGGGAAAUGAAAAGCUGAGUUAUAAGGAAGUUACUAGUCCCGAGUUUACUAGUUUCAAACCAAUUUUAGAAGCCAAGAGUCCAGACAGUGGAUCAUUGGAGGAGGCGGUAAUUGGAAAGAAACCAGAUCUUCUUUCGAGAGUUUGUAGCGCAAAUUCGCUCAAUAGUCCAAAUUCAAUAACACCGCCGAGGAAUAAAUUAGGUUUGGUUUUGGCAAAAUCAGAGAGCAAUAGUCCCUUGACACCGGAAUCAAAACACGGCAGUCCAUUUUACGCUGAGCCAGCCGAUGCCAUAACGCAAAAUGUAAUUAUCGUGCCGAGGAGGCGUGCAAAAAAUAAUCCUGCAACGAACAAAUUUCGCCACAGUGAACCGGGAUGGCUGCAAACACCAUUGGGAAUUAAUGCGAAUCAACUGCAUCCAAUCGAUUGGGAGGAGAAUGAAGAAACAGAAGACAAAACGCCACUUAUAUCAUCCUCAGUCGAUAAUCUCGCAAAACGUUUGGGAACGAGGGAAAUAAAAAAAUUGCCCACGGCAAAACCCGUUCAGCCGCCGAAAAUUAAGACCAAACUUUUUACCGACACAUCGUGGACCGUGGAUUCCAGUUGGGAAUUUAUUGGAAACGAUGCGGAGGAACAUGAACCUGAUUACGAUUGUGAUGCGAAUUACUGUGUUGAGAACGUGGCAGGAAAGUUCCCGGAUGAAGAAAGUGAUAAAUGUGUCGUUGGCAACACCUUAACUGUUCAGAGUAUCAUUCUUCAGCGGUACCCUGAAUUGAUGAAACCACCGGAUACAACGGAAUCUGUUUACAGUGAUAGGAAUUCAUCUUACGACAAUGUUGAGAAAAGAAAUGAGAAGAACGGUACAAUCGAAUCGAAAAGGGAUCACAUUUACGAUCCUUCCGAGUGGGAAACAUUGUUGGACACAGACGAGAGUGAUGUGGAAAGAAUCAAAAGAAAUAAAAGUUUCAAAGAACGUUUGGAUCCCCUUUUAUCACCUCCAAGAUUGCAAUCGUUGAGGAAUCGAGACGCUGGUGGCACAGGAUCAUCAAUAAGAACAUACGCCCUUCAACUUGCUUUGGAUAAAAGUACAACAUUCUCGCAGAAUAUUGAAAAUUUCAUUCAAUGCACCAAGGAGGGAAAGGAGGCGAGUCCUCAUGUUGUCAUGAGGAAUAUAAGACAAUUUAUGUCGGGAAUGAAGAAUUAUUUAGUGAAACAUGGCGAGAGAGAAUUUGAGAAGGAAGUCGAGAAGGAGAGACUUAAACUAAAGGCCAAUGAAUUUCUCAAUUUGGAUGCAAUUUUAGAGGAAGUAAUGAUGAGUCUUGUUGUGCGUCCACUUCGUGAGCAUGUCUAUCGAUUAUUUGUCGAUCAUUAUGCAGCGAAUGAAUCCCUUAACACACUUGCUGAGAGUAUUCAAUUCGCCCAAGCGAAGCACAUUCAGGAUCUUGGAGUGCGGCCGAAGAUCAUUCCACCAUCGGAGGCAAAUUUGGAACGAAUUCUAAAAUACAUUGAACGUCUGCAAAAAGUUGAUUCACCUCUGGACAAAUUAGAAAAUCUUCUUUCGGGCAUUUCCGCAAUUUUCAAUUCCGUAAAGCAAUCGAAUUCUGGUAGACAUGUCACCUUGGGAGCAGACGAUUUGCUUCCCCUUCUCGUUUGGGUUUUGGUUCAAGGAAGAGUAAUUGACGCUGAAAUUGAGGCCGAAUAUAUGUGGGGCCUUUUGCAUCCAUCUCUCCUCACCGGGGAAGGUGGAUAUUAUUUAACAACUCUCUCAAGCGCUGUGCACGUUCUCAAAACAUUCAAGUCUAGUCAGGGAACUAUGUCCACAUUAAAUGGUUGCGGAUCGCCAGACUGUUCAUCAGUUUUACGAAUCCUAGUUCCAGACGAACUUCACGGUUCUUUAAAUACAAAAACACUUCCCGUUCGACCAAAUAUGAGCACACGAGACGUUUGUCGCAUACUCGCGCAUAAAAUAAGAUGUACAAAUCCCCAGGAUUAUGGCCUCUUUAAACUUGUUCAAGGAGAAGAAACUUUACUCGGCGAUCAAGAAUCACCUCAAGAACUCUCUCAUUGUUUAUUUGCAUUCAAGCGAAUAGACGCAAAGAUUGCUUGGCCAAAAACCAAUUCAUGAACAAUUAAAAACCGUUCUCAGUACUUCUUUUUAUAAGCUUUAGCUCAGGGUUGCGGCAUUGUUACGAAAAAAGAAAAAUAAUUACACAUCUAAAAAUUGAAUUUCAAACUUUCAAUGAUUAUUUAAUACAACAACAAUAGAAAAACGAGUGUCAAAGAAAUUUCCAUUUUAUAUCUGUGAGUUCAGUCCAAUAAUAAAAUUCUCAUCGUUUAUGAUAAUAAAGAUUAAAAUAAAAAGAAAAUCUCAAAAAAAUUUGGUGCCUCGAAAAAUAUUUUUUUUUUAAAUUUAUUUAAUAAAUAAAAAUUACAAAGAAAUAUUUUUCAGAAAAAACUUGAGAACAUUUUUUUUUUCUUUUUUCUCUUAAAAAUAAUAAUUAUAAUCAGAAACGAAUUGUGAAUUUUAUUAUCGGAGUUCAUCAACCUACAUUGUAUUUAAACUUAUAUAUUAACGUUUGAACGCAAUCUUCCGGAAGUAAUUAAUAAUCUAAUAUGUGAAUAUGAAUAGUUGUAUCGCAAACUACAAGGAAAUCUAUUUUAUCGAUAAGUAAUUGAUCCAACUAUUAAUAUCAAUACUUAAAAAGAAGAUAAUAUAUAUUUCUCUACAUGAUAUCAUUACUCAAGAGAUAAUAUAAUAUUUCUUUUCACGAUUACCUAUCGAUUUAAUAAAAAAGAAAGAAAAAAUCCAUGAUACGAGCGAUCAUAAAUCUUGUUUUCUUUUCUUUUUUUUUGUGGAAAACUUUUAUAAGUACGCGAUUAAUAUAUUUACACUGCGAUUAAAUUCAAUGUCACGAUAUUUAAUUUUACGAUUACAAUGAAAAAAAGGUAAUUUUUUAAAUAUAUUUUUAAUACCUUUAUCGGUAUUUAUAGUAAAAAUUGCAUUUUACACAAAAAAAGAAAAAUAAAUAAAAAUACAUUUUUUAAAAAUGAAUCAAUCAGAAAAGCACAAAACUCUUGACGAAUAUUGUGCAAUUAAGUUUCUUCGAUAAAAUUCCAAGAAAAAAUUAUAUUUUAAAAAAGUAGCAGUUGAAAAAUUGUAACAAGAUUUGUUUAAAAAUCAUAAAUAAUAGAGAAUAUCAAGUAUUUGAGAAAUCUGCUCACUCAAUCAGUAUUCUAAUUUGAUGAGAAAUUUUGAACUUGAGAUAAUUAAAUUAUACUCGUGUUCGAUAAAACCUAAUAUGUAAUGUUAAGAAUUUUUUGUUCUUCGUGAGAAAAAUUGUGAAUCAACGAUUUAUAUAUGUAUAUGUGAAAUGAAAAUUUAAAAAUCUUGAUAAAAAUUAAAUUAAAAAAAAAAUAGUCUCGAAAAUAAACAAAUUUUUGGAUAAAUGAAAAAAUUUGUAGAAAUAUAUAGAAAAAAAAAAAUUCGGAAGACUAGUUUAGGAAUCUAUUUUAAGUACUGUCUGUGGAGAAGUGACGAACUAUAGAAAUUCGUGUCAAAAAAUAUUGUAUUUUACACGAAAGAAUCAUAUUUAAUGGAAAUUGUAUACAUUUAAAAGAAAAACUCACUAAACAAUUUUAUAUAUAUAUAUAUAUAUAUAUUAUAUAUAUGGAAAAAAGAAAUAACACCUCUUUAAAUUGGACCAGGCCAUGGCUGAUUUGGCCCCCACACACAGAAGUAAUCGAAAAUAUAUUUUCAAUUUAGAGACUGUCGUUAAACUAAAAUGUAGAGAUGAUGUUUAUUAUUUUAAUUGUUUCGAUUUACUUAAAGAUUUUAUAUAUAAACAUAAAAAUAAUAUUAUGCAAGUCAGCCAUUUGUUUUUAUAAUGUAAAAAUCGAGUUAACAUCUCGAUGACGAAAAAAUGAUUUUUAAUGAGGAAUUAUUUAUCAUUGUUUAAUAAUUCUUCUUUGAAUGCUUGUAAAAAAAAUUAUGUAUUUUAAUUUUUAAUUGUAUAUUUUUUUUGUAGCUAAUUUAUUAAAAAAAAAGUUUUUUAUUAUUGUUCAUUUUUUAUGUGAUGAUUUUCAUCGGAUUCCUCGAGAUAUAUACAUGCUUUAUUUUCUCUUCAAUUAAUACAAUUGAAAAAAUGUUAUUGCUUCUAAUAUGCUAGUCAAGUCAAUCGAAUGUACUGUUUAAGCGUAAGUUCGGCAAUAGUUUUAUCUGUUAUAAAACCAUAUGUCGUUAAUUAUCAUUAGUAUCAUCAACAUUUUUAUCAUUAUUACAAUUAAAAAAAACAUGUAAUUCUAUGCUCAAUAAACAAUUUUCUAUAA